AUGCAGACAAUGUUUUCAAAUGCUAACCUUUGACAUUGGAUUCGGCACCUCCAUAUACCCAGUAGUUCUUGAGGUGCACGAAAAUUUUGACUUUCAAGAUGAGGAUGAAUCAAAUAUUCAGGACCAAACUUUCAAAGAAUUUCUUUUUGAAGAUACUUUUAAAUUCCUCUUAUCUAAUGAGUCCUCAACAUCCAGUUUCACAGAAGCAUUACAAAAAAUAUAUGGAUCAGCUGUGAGCAAGGAUGGAAAUUACCACAAAGAAGAUAAGCCAUGUUUGUCUUUAGAAGAGAUAAAUUCAAUGAUUACCUUCAUAAAGGAGCUGAAGAGUCUUGGACAAUUUGAGCUGCUUUUCCCUUCUGCUGCACCCAAGAUUCAAACUUUGCUGCGUGACCUUUAUCACAUGGUAGACCCAAUGAGGCGGCUUGGUUCAGUCCUGACUGUGCAUUGGUUGCUUUCCAGUUUACUUGAACAAUUCCAGUUCAUGACUAAAGAGGCCCACACAAAUCUUUCAGAAUGGAGAAGCAAGAAGAACUCUAGAAACUCAUCUCAAACUAUAAUGAAAUGGUUACAGCCUAGGAAUUCUUCUCAAGAAAAUGCGAGUCCUAAGCAGAAUGUUCCUUCUGACUUCAGGAAGAAUCAUGAAGCAUUGCAUUAUUCCAGCAAGACUAAAGAAAGACAAUGCAGUGAUGAUAAAGAUACCCUAUCUCAUAUCAGGCAGAUCUUCACCAGCCCACAGCUGGACUUGAAUCCUCAGUUUAACCCAAAGAUCAAAGAAUACUAUGCAGAAGUCCCAUUUGACAUGGUGACAGUGAAGAUAGGAGCAGAACCCUCUAACUGUCAGUGCCAAGUACACCUCGACGAGAAGAAAGGGCCAAGCAUUGCUAACUACCCCCUUGGCCUUGGAUUGAACAAAGUCAUCAUUCUCAUAACAGAUGAUUCGCAGCCUAGUCCUCAGGUUGUGAGCAGCUACAAAAUCACAAUUUUUCGAGAAGACCGCCCUAGUCUGCCUUUGUUUGAUGACUAUAUGAUGUGUGGGUUUGUGCAGGACUGUGGAUCUCGAAUUCGUCCAGAGGAGUCCUGUGGUUUGCAGCCUCUGUCUCAUGAAUACCUCUCAGCAAUUUCACAGACAGUGUUUAAGACCUGUGAAGCUGGAGACACAAAAGGGCAGUGGAUUGUCCCUUGCCUCAGCUGCUCUGACAACAGGACCUGCGACUGGAGAGAAAUAACGUGGCAGCCCCACGGCUGCCGACCCCCCCGGGCGCGCCGAUACUCUGUGCUAGCCAAGCCGGAGCUCCAGCGCUGUGUGGAGGGCAGAAGGAUUCUUUUUAUAGGUGACUCAACUAACAGAGGGAUGAUGUACUAUCUGAUAGAAAGAGUGAAUAAGACUCUUCAGGAAUGGCAAAAGACUCAUGAUGUUAAGUGUUAUCAUAAUAUCAAUGAGGGGAAAACCUUUAUCAGUUACUCCUACUACCCUCGGUUUUGGAUGAACGCAAACCAGAGACCAACUUUUGAAAAAGCACUAGAACAACUGCUGCAGAGAUCACGUCCCCUGGAGAAUACAGACCAGACCGUAUUAAUUGUAGGUGGUGUUCAGUGGCUUAAUUCCAAUCACCUGCAAAUUAUCCAAAAGGUGUUGAACAGGGAAAAUCUAUCAAAUAUCCUGGUAAUUAUCAAAUCCAUAGGGAUGGGCUUCCACCUCCCAGUGGAUGGAAUACACUCACUGUCACAGGCAGAAGUGCAAAACUUGUGGAAUGAAAACUUGGUUAUUCUGGAUACAGCAAAAAAUUUCGGCUAUGAAGUUGUUGACACCUUUGUCAUCACCAUGGGACGUUACAAAGAAUUCCUGCAAGGGAAGUGUGGCUGCCAUUUCCAUGAGGUGGUGAAAUCCAAUCCCUCUGAAGAAAGUCCGCACAUAACAAUGACGUUAUCAAGGCACUAUACACUGGGGAAAUAUUUCGGCAGUCAAAGCAAGCCAUCACAACUGCAGGAUUAUGCAACAAAUUCUCAGUCCCCAUAUCAUGUCCGAGGUCCAAUAAAUCAAGUUUAUUCUGAAAUCCUUCUCAGCAGGCUCUGUGCAAGUAAGAGGGAGCUUGCCAGCACAUAGCCUCUCUUGGAUAUAGCACUGGGACUAGAGAUGUGCCACUACCUGACUGACAAUCAAAGGACCGUGGUGAAUUUAUGACAUGCUUCCUUGAUUGGCUGCACACACACCAACAGAGUUUGGGACAUGUAGCAUUUUUCCUAAAACUUUAUGAAAUCAAGAUAUGCCCUGGCAACUCUGUGGUGCCCGAAUGGAAGAUGGAGAGUUGCAAAGGAGACAAGAGGGGAAGUUACUUGAACUGUUGCCAAAGGCUAGAACAGCUGUAGCUCAAGCAACUGUGUAUUAAUGAUGGUAAAGAGAGAGAAAUAUAUACACUUGAAUGAUUUGGAAAGGACUGCUUUAGCUAUUCAGCACUAUCUAGUUUUCUAUUUAUAGAGACAC